UGUGUUUAACAGAGAGAGAGCGAGAGAGACGGAGAGGGAGCCUGCCAGUAUGAACUGCUAUAGUACUCCCGAAAUGUUGGGGGGAAAUCAGUCCACGCUUUAACAAUUUAAUUUGACGUAGAUGAUUACUUAUGUAUCUCGAUAUAUUAUUGUCUUGCCCCUGUUUGAAUUGUACAAUGAGCAGUUUAUGCGGACUACCUAAUUUCCCUCCUUUAAAGUGGCGGACGACAAGCAGCCAAAGAAUGGAGAGCAAUUAAAGGAUUGAUUACAAAAUAUGGAGAGGAUGAUAGCUUUUUCUUUACGGCUCCUCGUGUGCGUGGAACUAAUGGAUAGAGCUGUCGGGUACCUGACUGUCACCAUCGAACCCAUACCCCCUGUCAUUGUGGGCGACACCGUGACCCUGAAGUGUAACUUCAAGACUGACGGCAGACUGAGAGAGAUCGUCUGGUUUCGGGUUACAGAUGGGGGCAGCAUGAAGCAGAAAAUCUUCACGUACGACGCCAUGUUCAACACCAAUUACUCACACAUGGAGGACUACAGAAGGCGCGAGGACCUCGUCUAUCAGUCAACGAUCAGGCUCCCAGAGGUCCGCAUCGCUGACAACAGGCCCUACGAGUGUCACGUGGGUGUCUACGACCGCUCGACACGGGAGAAAGUGGUCCUGGCUUCAGGGACCAUCUUUCUCACGGUCAUGGCGCCUCCUGUGUUUAUCUCAGUGGUGGAAGCUGACACUCCGGCCUCUUUCAGUCGCUACCAGGCACAGAACUUCACUCUGAAGUGCAUCGUAUCUGGAGGAAAACCCGCACCGACGGUAAGCCGAGAGUCAACAGGGACGGCAAACACCGCGGUGAGCCACGCCCAAGCCACGCGCGGCUCUGCACCGGCGUCACGCUGACCUCCCGGCACGCUUCGUCACCAGCCUCGCAGGCGUGUUCCAGCCGAGCCCUGAUUAAUGUAUAUCUCAAAAGGAAUAAUGUCCCUGAUCUUCUGGAUCACGAGCCGGGAGAAUUUUCUAAGCCCAAGAUAUAAAAGAAGGGAAGCUGCAGCUGUCGAAGCCUGGUGGUCCGCCAGUGCAGAUACAGCUGAAACGGCUGUGCUUAGCCGUCCUUAAAAAUGCCUGCGCUGAAGCAAGGCUUGUCACCGGAAACAUCUCACCUUCAAAUGUUUGCUACAUAACGUGUUAAAUUGAAGGGAAUGUGGGGAGUGUGGGGGGGGGGGUUAGGCUCAUUUGACAAUGACUGAUAACAAACACCAGCUACUCAGACACACCAAGAGAUUAUGGAUCGUCCAAAACAUCGCCAGGAGACACUAGAAUGAUCCUCAGCCACUCUGUCCCUUUGUUUACAUUUUGCGGUGAUACCUUUUAAUUUUGAAAAUGCCCCCUGAGCCAUAUUUUUCACCACUUUGUCACAGAAGUAACUGCUACAUCCACAUUAGUAAUUAUCCCAGCACUCGACUGGCCCUUAAUAAUGACGCAUCUGUGUGAUGCACAUAAAAGGGUAGUUUUGUAGUUAAACAUUGAAGCAAUUUCCAGUCUUGGAAAUUAAAGACUGGAAAGCCAACAAGCUGCCGUUGUUAGUGACUGGGGUCUUCACAGGAAAUUCAG